UACUUUGUUUAAACACAACCUAAACAAUCACUGAAAGGAGUAAACUAUAUACUUAACCAAUAACUUCCCCCGAAUAAAUACAAGCGGUAAACAAGGGAGACUAUUAUCAUUUCUCCGUUUCUAUAUGAGACGAGAAUACGAUUGCUUGGGGGAAAAUACGAAACCAACUCCUGCCAUGAAACUGGUGUGUCUUUCCAACAAUCCAAGCAAGCCAUGCUUUGUGUUGUAUUUCAAGAGUGUUGCCCUCAUGUUAGACUGUGGAUUAGACAUUUCUCAGAUUGCUCAUUUCCUGCCUCUCCUCACCAUUCCAGGAUCUUUAUUAACAAGAGUCUCUCAAUGGUCUGGUGUUGGAGGAGACAAGAGGACAAAAUUAAGUGAAAAAAUGGUAAAUGAAUUCAGGGAAUGCAUGGGCAGAGUAUUCAUUGAUGGCACACCAGAAUUUUCUGUACCUGAGUUUGGAGUGGUGGAUGUGUCUCAGAUUGAUGCUGUUUUGAUUUCAAAUUUCAACACUAUGCUAGCUCUACCAUACUUGACUCAGUACACUAAUUUCCAUGGAAAGAUAUAUGCCACAGAGCCAACUAUACAAAUUGGAAGAAUGUACAUGGAAGAGAUGGUAAAGUAUAUUGAAAGAAAUCCCAAACUGAAAGUUGCAAGUGCAUGGAAAGAAGAAGAGUUUGCAAAUAUUGUACCCCCUCCACUAAGGAGUGCUGUUGAGCCUCGUGGAUGGCGAAAAUUUUAUACACAACAUGACAUUGAUGCAUGUCUUUCAAAGAUACAAGCAGUUGGUUUCAAUGAGAAACUGGAUGUUUUUGGAGCAUUACAAGUCCAAUCAGUCAGUUCAGGUUGUUGUAUAGGCAGUAGUAACUGGAUUAUACAAUCUGCGUUUGAAAAAAUCUGCUAUGUUUCUGGUACUUCUACUUUGACAACUCAUCCCAAGCCCAUGGAACAAGCACCAUUGAAAAAUAGUGAUGUCCUGAUUUUAACAUGCCUAACUCAAACGCCUCUUGCUUUGCCUGACCCAAUGAUUGGAGAGUUUUGUGUGAAUGCAGCUGUGACUGUGAAACAUGGAGGGAGUGUUCUGGUACCAUGCUAUCCUUCUGGUGUGACAUACGAUUUGUUUGAGUGUCUUUCUGGUCACCUGGACCAGUGUGGUCUGUCAAAUACUCCAAUGUAUUUUGUGUCUCCUGUUUCUGAUGGCUCUCUUGCAUACUCAAAUAUCUAUGCAGAAUGGCUUUCAACAGGAAAGCAGUCCAAGGUUUAUUUGCCAGAGUGCCCUUUCCCACAUGCAGAACUUGUGAACUCUGGGAGGCUGAGGCAUUUUAAAGACAUAAAUGAGCUGGGAAGUGACUUCCAGAUGCCAUGCAUACUUUUUACUGGGCAUCCUUCUCUCAGAAUGGGAGAUGCUGUUCAUUUCAUAGAGGCAUGGGGCAAAAAUGCAGCAAACACAGUCAUAUUUACAGAACCUGAUUUUCCAUACCUAGAAGCUCUUGGACCAUUUCAGCCUCUGAUGAUGAGAGUUUGCUACUGUCCUGUAGAUACCAGCCUGAGCUUUGCUCAAGCCAACAAACUUAUCAGAGAUUUGCGCCCAUUACAUCUGGUAGUCUCAGAGACUUACACAACCCCUCCACCUCAAGCUCCUUUGCGGUCUGACCUUACCAUUGAUUGGGAGCCUUCACCUUUGACAUAUAAGAAGUAUGAAGUUGUCAAUCUGCCUGUGAAGAGGCAAUGGGAAACUGUUCUCAUUGAUCCCCUGUUAGCAGCUGAGCUUGAACCAGUGGAAGUCAAACCUGGAGCUGCCAUCUGCAUGCUAACGGCAACUCUAGUUUCCCGUGACAACAAGUAUACACUUAAGCCUCUCUCUAUGGAAGCACAGUCUGAAACUGGACUUGUUAGACGUGCUGAUGGGACUGCCUUGAAGAAGACUUACCUUUUUGGUUCACCAAACAUCCAGAACUUUGUUGAUAUGCUGACUCAGCAAGGAAUCUCAUCAAUUAAAGUUGAGGAGACUGAAACUGGAUCAAUAAUUCACCUGAAGUUCUGGGACAAGUCACUGGCUUGAGGCCUAUGUGUACCUAAUCAGGGAAAGUAAAGGUAACAGAAGAGCUGGACUCACUUUCUACAAGCCAUGCCCUAGAUAUGGGGAAGCACUUACAUUCACUGUCACAGCAGCGACUAAGCUAUGGGACCUGUUCAUGAUACCUCUGCAUGUUUGAUCACAUGCAUUCAUUAAUAUUUUGCUCCCUGUUGUUUAUAUUGCUUAAUUAUAUAUUAUCAGCAUUGGUUCCAGUCUUUUUUAAAUUUAACAGCAUCACAACAUUAAUAUUCAUGAUUAAAAAAGAAAUGUACAGGAUCAGUUUUAAUGAUAGCAGCACUGCAGAGGGAAGGGAAAAGUAACAUACACAUAGAGAGCUACAAGAAUCCAUCAACAUACGUAGCUCGAAAAAAUACUGGGUUUUUGAAAUCUUGUAUCAUACUUACUCUAGCAGCAUUUGAGUCUGAAGAUGUAAAAUAUCACGUCUUUCUCACAGCCAUGCUUGUAGAGUUUUAGAGAUGUCACAGCUGCAUGAGCCUAUAGGGUAUUUUCAUUUCACACUAUGGGAAAGAUUUUGUAGCGAACAUUUACUUGAUUUGUGCAGUGAAUAAAGUAGGGGUUAGUUGUUUCUACUGCUACCACAGACUUGGUUACUUGAUAGGCAACUUGUGUUGGUAUGGUUGUGAACAAGAGGACUCGCGUGUCAACACUCUUCAGAAUUUUAGCUCCUUUUUUUUUCUACUUGGUACGAUUAUUUCUCUGACGCUCAAAUCAAAACCUUUCCUUUUAUCCAUACUGAUAAGGCUUUUCACUUAUCUUCUGAAUAUUAUUUUAAAUAUAAGUACAAGUAUCUUUAUACACUACAAAUCUGUAAAAAAAAAAAAAAAAUAUUGUCUUACAGCUACUCCAAGGUAAAUUAUUUUGUCUUUUCUCAUUUUU